UAAAUGCCGAUGUCAGCCGGCGUCUCCCCGCGGACCCCGGAGAGGACAGCUUCCUUGGAGAACCCCCAAAACUGUUGCCACUUUGACCUUUAUUUUUUGGGCCAGCAAAAAUAGGGAUCUUCGUAUCCGUCCCGGUUCGUAGUUGUAGCAGUCAAAAGCAGGGCGGCGCCAUGCCCUUCGGAAACUCCCACAACGAGGCCAAACUGCGCUACUCGUCGGCGCAGGAGUUCCCGGACCUGAGCCGGCACAACAACCACAUGGCCAAGGCGCUGACGCCCGACAUCUACGAGCGCCUCCGCGGCCGUCGGACGCCCAGCGGCUUCACGCUCGACGACGUCAUCCAGACCGGCGUCGACAACCCGGGUCACCCGUUCAUCAUGACGGUGGGCUGCGUGGCGGGCGACGAGGAAACGUACGACGUGUUCAAGGAGCUCCUGGACCCGGUCAUCCAGGACCGCCACGGCGGCUACAAACCGUCCGACACGCACAAGACCGACCUCGACCCCGACCACCUCAAGGGGGGCGACGACCUGGACCCGGACUACGUCCUGAGCUCUCGCGUUCGAACGGGCCGCAGCGUCCGCGGAUUCUGCCUCCCGCCGCACUGCAGCCGCGGGGAACGCCGAGCCGUGGAGCAGCUGUCCAUCCAAGCUUUGGCGUCCCUGAGCGACGACCUGAAGGGCAAGUACUACGCCCUGAAGAACAUGACUGACGCCGAGCAGCAGCAGCUGAUCGACGACCACUUCCUGUUCGACAAGCCCGUCUCCCCGCUGCUGUUGGCGUCCGGGAUGGCGCGGGACUGGCCCGACGCCAGGGGGAUCUGGCACAACGACAACAAGACCUUCCUGGUGUGGGUGAACGAGGAGGACCACCUGAGGGUCAUCUCCAUGCAGAAGGGGGGCAACAUGAAGGAGGUCUUCCGCCGGUUCUGCGCCGGACUCACAAAGAUGGAGCAGGUGUUCAAGGAGCGCGGCCACGCCUUCAUGUGGAACCAGCACCUGGGCUACGUGCUGACGUGCCCGUCCAACCUGGGCACGGGCCUGCGCGCCGGCGUCCACGUCAAGCUGCCCAACAUGAGCAAGCGCGCCGAGUUCGAGGACGUCCUCAAGCGGCUCCGUCUGCAGAAGCGAGGAACCGGCGGCGUGGACACGGCGGCGGUGGGCGGCGUCUUCGACAUCUCCAACGCCGACCGUCUGGGCUUCUCCGAGGUGGAACUGGUCCAGAUGGUGGUGGACGGCGUCGGGCUGCUGGUGGACAUGGAGAAGCGGCUGGAAAAGGGCCAGGACAUCGAGCGGCUGGUGCCGGCCCAAAAGUAGACGUUCGCACGACGACCGACAAUUGUGAAAUAAAAUGUUCUGAGGGCAACUU